AUGAAGACAAAGGAGUCAUUAGUUCGAGGUCAUCGUCGAGAGUCUGUUCUCUUGACCUUGUCAGAAUUACAAGACCUUCGAGCUCGUCAGCGUACAUUUGAAGGUGCAUAUUGGCGCACUGCACUAGCUGCAUUUUCUACGGGUCUAUUGAUCUUAAAGGUCUUUUCGCGUGAAUUCUACAAGAUUGGGAUAACCUUUUUUGUAUUCGGAAUGGCUAUGCUGGCUAUUGCACUCUGGAGACGACGGACUGCAGGAGACGUGUUUGAUCUUUCGAUACCAUUCAAGACAAGUGGCAAUUGGGUUAUAUUGACUACAAUUGUUACCAUGGCGACUUAUAUUGUUAUGCUUGUACUUCUUUUCAGAUUAUAAGAUCAAACAAGUCUUUCUUUUUUAUUACUAUUUUGAUUUGAAUCACUACCAAAAAAAAAAGAAGAAGAAGAAGCGUGAUCAAAUCCACAAUAGUCAUUUAUUUUAUACAUUUACACACACACACACUCACACGCUCACACACUCACACAUACAUAUAAUAAAUAUACUUUAUAUGUAUUU